CUCUAUUGCAUGUAAUAGUGAAACUGAAAAGGCGGUCAAGUGUGGAUGACAUGGCCCUGAAAGCACGACUCAAGGCAGUUGGGCGCUUCUCCACAAGCUCUGGUGGUCGUGUUUCAGCAAUCGGAGCCGGUUGUGGUACGGCUGGCCCCACCCCAGCUAAGCUCAAAGCCACUCCAGUACGAACUGUCCUCGGUCCUGUCAACUAUGCUGCUCCGGCCUCAACUCAGUCCAAACGAAUGAGCUCAGUGAGUUGCCAAAGCCAAGCAAGCAGCCGGCGUAGGGACACGAGGCCCUUCAAUAAUGCAGCCUACAAAAAGCAUUGCAUUGACACCAUAUUCACCUUCCUCACUGAGAAUGGCUAUUGCAAUGUGGACUCUAGUCUUCUUCAGAGGCGUGUUCUCAGUACUCCUUCUAAUAAAGAUUUUGCUAGCAUCUUUACGUUCAUCUAUGGGAUGAUUGAACCAAAUUUUCAGCUGUCAUCCCGGUUUGCUGAUGAAAUACCAAUGAGGCUGAAGCACUUGUCAUACCCUUCACAGAUUCCUAAGAGCACUUUUGCUUCCGUUGGAUCUCCUCACUCAUGGCCCACAUUGCUGACCAUGCUGGCAUGGAUGUGCAACCUCGUGCAAAUGACGAGUGGCCUGGUGGUCGAGGAAAUCGCCUACCCAAUUGAUUUUGAUAAUGAAGAUAUUUCUAUCUGGGAGCAUCUCAACUGCUACCUGGAUGCUGCAUCUGAACCCGAGAUACCUGGACAAUAUGAACAUUGCCUCAUGAACUACAGGGAGGCUGUGCAGCAGCAGGCUGGUGUAGACGGGGCCAGAUAUCGGCAGCUUGAAGAAGAGAUUCAAAUGAUGGCGCUACAGGAGCAGCAGCUCACGCUCGACCGCAGUCCUCUGCAGCAUCUGCAAAUAAGGAGAAAUGAGCUUGAAAGUGACGAAGCAAAGCUCGACGACUUCAACGCCAAGAUGAGGCUAAAGCUGAAGAUGCUGGAUGAGGAAAAGCAAAAGGCUCUCCUGCACGUGGUUUCUCUGCACUCACAGAAGACAGAGCUAGUAGAAACCGUCGACCGCCUGUCGGCCAUGAAGUCAUCACAGAAAUAUUCUCAAGAAGAGCUUUUGUGCAUCAAGAACCACGCGCGCACUUCACUUGCUACGCUGCAACAACUCCAGGAACAUGGCAAACGCACUCAAAAUAAAAUCUAUGAUCUGGAGCUGGGGCUGUGCAGACGGCAGGUGACGCUCUCAGCACUCAUCCAGGAGCACAACGCGAGUCCUGCCGCGUCCGUCGUCGGCCCUCUCGUCAACGGCCGCGUUGACCGCCAGACUGCUUCAGACGAGCCUUCAGACUCAGAACAUCCGAUGAAGCGCAAUGACGUAGCAUCUGCUCCUCUGCUCGUAGAAGAUAUUGUGGAGCUAAGCGACAAGUUGGCGGAGGAGUUGCGUGUGGCGCGCGCCAAGGUUGUGGAGGCGUAUGCGCUGCGCCGCAAGCACGAAGAACAAUGCCGCAAAUACGAGCAGAUCGUGGAAGAUAAGAAGCUCCAAGGAACGCAAUUAGAGAUGCGCAUCAGAAGUGCUGAAGAAGACAUAUGCUACUCGCUGCAAGAGAUGAAGACUAAGGAGGAAGCGAAGCUCGACGAGCUGGCGGCACAGCAGCAACAGCUCUCCUGCCGGCGACGGCGAGCGCCCAAUACGGAGCUUUAUGCGUUACAAGAGAAGUUACAUCAACGCGGCCAGCAAAUCGAAGCGCGGAAGGAACAAACGCUUAAGAUGGCACGGGAGGGGGAACGUACCAUCUCCCUUAUCACGACCAAAAUAGAAGAAUGCAUUGCCAAUAACCCCAUAAAAAAUUUCGCGGCGAAUAUAAGUCGGAUCAUCAAAGAUACUGGCAAAAAAGAAGGGGGUGCUUGAUUUAGUUUGCCUCUUUGCUAAGUAUUAUUUAAAGGAACUAGUUAGACUGCAAUAUCUUUAUUUACUGUCAACUAAAAUAGACAUAAUAAUAAUAAUAAUGUACAUAACCUGAGCGGAUGUUGGAACUGGAUUGAUCUGAUCCUAGUACCGAUGUGUUUUUUUUUUU